GUGACGCACUUCCGGGUUUUGGGACGCUUUCCCUGGGCUUUGAUGUCCAGAGGGUCUGGGUGUGAGUUCAGUGCUUCUGAUCCCCGAAGUCACAACCCCUUCUAUCCCAGGACCCCAGACUUCUCCGGGCGGGGACAGAGUUGGACGUGCACUGCUGUGUCCUGCAAUCCCCUCGCCACAACCGCCCCGGACGAAGUGAAAGCGGGUCGCGCCAGCCUCGGCGGUGGCAAGCGCUGUCUUCCAGCAGAGGCGUGCUGGGUACAGGAUAGUAAAACCUGAUCUUAUAAAACCUAGGUCACAAAGCACAGCCCUGCAAAACAUCCUAUUUCCAUCAAGUGAGCCAGUUCCUGGAACCUGAAUAAUGACUCCUGAAUCAAGGGAUACUAUACAUUGGUCUCCACGGGGUACCCAGGAGAUGAAAGGCAUUCUGAUAGUGAAGGUGGAGGAAGAAGAGGAAGAAAACCAUUUUCAAAAGGAAAAAAACAAAGUAGAGUCAUCACCACAAGUUCUCAGUGGCUCUACAACUAUGAAUGAGAGAGCCUUAUUAUCAUCAUAUUUGGUUGCAUAUAGAGUGGCAAAAGAGAAAAUGGCUCACACUGCAGCUGAAAAAAUUAUCCUUCCAGCAUGUAUGGAUAUGGUACGUACAAUUUUUGAUGAUAAAUCAGCUGAUAAACUAAGAACUAUACCUCUUAGUGAUAAUACAAUCUCUCGUCGAAUCUGUACGAUUGCAAAACAUUUGGAAGCAAUGCUUAUUACACGGCUGCAGUCUGGUGUAGACUUUGCCAUCCAACUUGAUGAGAGCACUGAUAUUGCAAGUGGUCCAACACUCUUGGUUUAUGUCAGAUAUGUGUGGCAAGAUGAUUUUGUAGAGGACCUCUUAUGUUGUUUAAACUUAAAUUCACACAUAACUGGAUUGGAUUUAUUUACUGAAUUAGAAAACUGCAUUGUUGGUCAGUAUAAAUUAAACUGGAAACACUGUAAAGGAAUUUCAAGUGAUGGAGCAGCAAAUAUGACUGGAAAACAUAGCAGACUUAUUGAAAAAUUGUUAGAAGCAACCCACAACAGUGCUCUUUGGAAUCACUGUUUUAUUCAUCGAGAAGCUUUGGUAUCCAAAGAAAUUUCACCAAGUCUAAUGGACGUAUUGAGAAAUGCAGUGAAAAUUGUUAAUUUUGUUAAAGGAAGUUCACUGAAUAGCCGACUUCUUGAAGUAUUUUGUUCAGAGAUUGGAAUUAACCAUACCCACUUAUUGUUUCAUACCGAAGUUCGUUGGCUUUCUCAGGGAAAAGUAUUGAGCCGAGUAUAUGAACUCAGGAAAGAGAUUUACAUUUUUCUCAUUGAAAAGCAAUCUCAUUUGGCAAGUAUUUUUGAAGAUGAUAUCUGGGUAACAAAACUGGCAUAUUUAAGUGAUAUUUUUAGCAUUCUUAAUGAAUUAAACCUGAAAAUACAGGGGAAAAACAAUGAUAUAUUUCAGUAUCUUGAACAUAUUCUAGGAUUCCAAAAAACAUUAUUGCUGUGGCAAGCAAGACUUAAAAGUAAUCGCCCCAGCUACUAUAUGUUCCCAACAUUAUUGCAACACAUUGAAGAGAACAUUAUUAAUGAAGACUGCUUAAAAGAAAUAAAGUUAGAGAUAUUGUUGCAUCUCACUUCUUUGUCUCAAACUUUUAAUUAUUACUUUCCAGAAGAGAAAUUUCAAUCAUUAAAGGAAAAUAUUUGGAUGAAAGAUCCAUUUGCUUUUCAAAACCCAGAAUCAAUAAUUGAGUUAAACUUGGAGCCUGAAGAAGAGAAUGAAUUAUUGCAGCUCAGUUCAUCAUUCACACUAAAGAAUUAUUAUAAGACAUUAAGUUUAUCAGCAUUUUGGAUUAAGAUUAAAGAUGAAUUUCCACUGCUAAGUAGGAAGAGUAUAUUGCUGUUACUACCAUUCACAAAUACUUGUUUGUGUGAAUUAAGAUUUUCAAUCUUGACACGAUUAAAAACGAAGAAAAGAAAUAGGCUCAAUAGUGCACCAGACAUGCGGGUAGCAUUAUCUUCAUGUGUUCCUGACUGGAAGGAACUUAUGAACAGACAAGCACACCCAUCACAUUAAAUAAAAUCUUUACAAAAUUUUGUGUUUAGCAGAGCAUGGUGUCUCACACCUGUAAUCCCAGCACUUUGGGAGGCCGAGGUGGGCAGAUCACUUAAUAUCAGGAGAUCGAGACCAGCCUGGCCAACAUGGUGAAACUGCAUCUCUACUAAAAAUACAAAACUUAGCCAGGCGUGGUGGUGCAUGCCUGCAGUCACAGUUACUAGGGUGGCUGAGGCACGAGAAUCUCUUACACCAGGAAGGCAGAGAUUGCAGUGAGCUGAGAUGAUGCUACUGCAUUCCAGCCUGGGCAACAGUGAGAUUCCAUCUCAAAAAAAAAGAAAAUUGUGUCUGUACUUUUUAAGGGAUUUUGCAGUAUGUUGUAUUAAAAUGUUAAUAAAAUUACAUUUGCAAUUAA